UCUGACAGCCUCCAGAGGCCCGGCCAUGGCCAGCGCUAACAUUCUCGUUCUGUUGCAGGGGUUGCGCUCACCUCUGGGCUAGUUAGCAGCCUUAGCGAUGCCUCCAGGUCUGUUGAAAGGGAACAGUUGGUUUUGGGGUGAAUGGUGGUUUGUCAGAAGCCGGAAGGAUGAGGGGGCCGUGUUGCCAGAGAAGAAGCAGAACUGGCUUGUGGUCCUGGGGUGGGGGCGAACCUGAAUGAUUCCGGCUCUGCACAGGACUGCGCUGCUUUGCCGCGCAUUGACCUGAAAUGACACUCCUGGUUCAGGAAGACGCGACUGCGGUGCUGUGAGCAGGCGAAAGCAAUGCUGUGUGGAUAGGCUGUCGAGUUGGUGCCCAUGACGUGCUGAAUGCCUGGGGGCGGAGUUGUCACGUGUUUGACGGUUCUGUGGCAAAUGAGCCCUUGAGAAACCAGAGGACUGUUGACAUUUUUAGAGCCUAACUGGGAGUUUGUUUUAAGUUUUGGUUUAUAGUGUAAACCGUGUGGCAGGUGUUGGGGUGGCAGCCAUGGUUCUUCCUAGCGUUGGCGAAGCAGAGUAGGGGAGAAGAGUGAUGUUCACAUUGUUUUCUGGACCACUAUUUCUUACACCUGCUGUGCUGCCUUACACGUGAGACUUUGUUUAAAUCUAUUCUCUACAUAUUUGCCUUGAGGCAUCGGAGCAGUAGUUCUCCUUAUACUGUGCAUUUUCCGUGUGUGGGUAAGCUGGAGGUUCAUGGUUUUGGUAAGUAUGUGCCUAAGAUGCAUGGUGAUUAGGUAAAACUAAUUUGCAGUUUUUCUGUUUUUUUUUGUUUGUUUGUUUAUUUAUUUUUGUUUUUGUUUUUAAUGUUUGAUGCCUUUUAAAAGUUUUGAUCUCUUUUCUGAAGCAGUGAACACUACUUUUCUGGUAUUGGGUUUCUUAUUAAUUGACCAACUAACACACUUUAAUAAUAAGUUUUAAGUAAGAGGGACCAUGUAACUGAAUAUCAUGUUACUGACCAAAAUGGCAAACAUUUUCAUAGGACCAGCUUCCCCCAAGAAGAGCUUCUGUCAUUGUUUCACUACAGGGCUGGUGGCUGCUCUGAUCUUUCAAGGAAUUCUUUCAGCUGGGUAGCACGGUAUACAGGCUUUCUUUACUCCAUUUGGCCAGUGCCAGAAUUUCAUUGGCUCCUCCCACUGCCCCCUCCCCCCAAUUCCAUAGAUUGUUGGGAUUUUCAGUUUUACUUGGGAAAAAAAUUUACCUAUGCUUGUUCAGCUUGGGGGCCUUACAGUCACUCCCUUGAGCAUCUGCAUAUUCCUUAAUCUCUUUUAAGGCACAGAGCACUGGAAAACUAAUCUCUAGUAAACUCUUCUAGAUGCCAGGGAAAGCUGAGAGCCUUCCUUUAAUAGGAAAACAGCAGCAUGCUUUUCCUUCUCUCCACCCUCUUGGGGAAGAGCACCUUAAGGACUGUGUUAUUUCAUGAGAUUUUUUCCUAGAACAAUUGAGAAGGCGGUCGUCUCAUCCACAGUCUCUCUAGCUGAUAUAAAAAGAUUUCAGAUUGUGAGCAAUGCAAACUCCUUUUUUUGGAGCUCCAAUUCUAACAGAUUUCUUUUUAAUUGGAAAUUGAAGAAUCAGGCCGGUUUUGAGAUUAGUACUAAUGAUGAGCACACCUUCCAUCUGUGGAUUGAAAUCCCCUCGAGGGACAUCCAUCUUAGAUUUUUGCAUAUUUGCUAACAUGGCAGGGCUUUCAAACUGGCUUAGUCUGUUCUUACAGAAAUCUACGUAAGAGCUGACUUCCUAAAUAUCAUAGUUUUUUAAUCUUCUCUCAGGCCUCACUGAACCUUGGUAGCCAUAUGCAGAGCAAAUGAAACACAAUCAAGUGACUGUGUUUUGUUUUGUUUUUUAACUGCUGGCCAGCUGAGACUGGACCUUUAUGAUCAAGAUGAUCUAAGGUUUCAGCGAUGCCAGCAAACCAGCACUCUGUGCACGGUGUCCCAGGGUCACCGUAGUGUUAAUGGAGGGCCAGAAUCUAUAAGGGUAUGGUUCUGACCUAUGACAAGUGGCCAAAUUGCUAAACUUGCAGAGAUGACUUGUGGCCUUGGAUUAAAACAGUUUUAAAAAAACCAGGCCUGACUUAUGAUCUGUGUGUAAAGAAUUAGCAUCCGCCCUGUAGAUCUGCAAGAGAAGACUUCCUCCUGCAGUGCUAUCUCUCGGUGAAUGCUAACUCUGCUCAAGGUCCUUUUGGGGAAAGGACAGUGAAAAGCCUCUAGAGAGAAUUUUCAGGAUGGCUGUAUUCUGCGGUCAGAAUGAGAGAGUCAAGCUGGGCAGAAUCUCUCGCCAAGAGUUCAGGUAAGGUAAUGUUUAUUCACUGGGAAUGCUUUCCACAGCCAGACAGCUAUGCUGACAGUCUCAAGUUUUCUCACAGUUUGUUUAAAUUUAAAUGAUAAAUUUAUAACCCUUUAAAACUAAAUUUUGGUUGGAUUUUUCAUGCGAGCCUUUUUUUUCUUUAUUCCAUACAAAAUAGUUUGAAAUGUAAUUGUUUUUUAAAAAAACUCUGUGCUGAAAGUUCUUUAAUCUGCUGUUUCCUCUUUUCCCUCCCCUUUGAAAGUUUUGCAUAGUGUUAAGCGUUCAUUUUGUCUUUUACCUUCCCCCUGCUCCUCCCCUCUGGGAGGUACUAAUGCUAUUACCUGGUGCUGAAAAAUGGCACAGUCAAUAAAGGUAUGGGAAGGAAGGAACCCCAAACUGCAACCUGCUGUCCUUCCACGCCUUCCUUUGGAGACUGCUCCGUCAGUGCCAAGGUGUGUGAGAAAAUGCUUUACCGCACCGCCAUCUUACUGAGUUGCUUCACGUGAGGAAAAUGGGGCUUUGACCCUGCCAUUCAGUGACUCAGUUCCACAUUUUGGAUUGAAUACUGGAAAAGAAGCCAAUCUUCUUGCUAGUAAACCAACAACCCAGCUGUAUGCAGUGGUGACCCAAACAGUGGAUAUAAAAUCAAAAAUCUGAGGGAGGGGAGAGAUGGGAUACAAUAAUUCUUGGAAACUGAAAUCUCCUAUUUAUUUGAUCAGGUUAUUUACUGAGACUUGACAUAAAUCUGAUUGGUGGGGAUCGCUUAGAAUCUAGUCGACAUCUGGUAUUAAUUUCCUCUCAGGAAAAACAAGAAAUACCGAUUCAUGCAGAGAGAGUCUGGGUUCUGGAAUUCAGCAUUAGCUGCUUCAGGACAAUUGCAUCUGGCCUCCAUUUUUGUCUGUCAUUCAAGUGCUGUCUCCUGGCAACAGUACCUUUUGCUAUAAAGAUCGGGUAGACGGGUGGAUGGGCUUCUCGUUAAUUUUAUUUUCUUCCUUCGGGGAAGGGGAUUGGUUUGGCUUUCUUUGUUGUGGUUUGUUUUGUUUCAUUUUUGGCAAGAUCAACUUUAGCUGCAAGGACUCGAAAAGACUCUGAAGGACGCCGCCCAUCUUUCCUUGAGGCCUAGAUUUUUGUAUACCGUCCUGAGCAGAGGUCACACUCCUCACAGCCUAGUGAACCAGUAUCGCCAGUGAUUUUAAGCAGAGUCACCUCUUUGGGGAGUUUUUAGUUUUGUUUUGUUUUUUAAUUCUCUUUCCUUAGCAGCAAGGUCUUUAUUCCUGGAGAAUCUCCUCUAUUGCAGACUCGCUGCAACUUCAGGAGCCAUACCCGAUUAAGUGCUGUCCGCUUGAUGUGCUACUCCGGACUCCGGAAACAGAUCUUGGUUCUAUUCUGUAUCUCCACUGUGUGUGGCUAAAACAACAGUCAAGGCCAGACGACCUGUUAGCUGGCUUGCCCUGUAUAACUCCACUCUGUAUGUUCCCAUGUAUGUUACCACAAUGCUCCUCCUACUGUACAGUGUCUGUGAGAUGCUCUUUGAAGAUGGUACUUUUUUUUUCAUUUUCAAUAAAAGUACAUUACCUCCCACUUCCUGGUAUUUAAUCCUGUUGCUGAAUGUGCCUUGUGUGAGUGUGUGCUCCGGCGUUGCAGGACCUCAGAGCUGGAGGUGGCACUCGGUGGUUCUUGGGGGCUGGCUGCCUUCCCUCACUGCAGGUGGUGUUAGACAUGUGCUACCUGAGGCCUUCGUGGUGAAACACCUCCUGGAGUACACCCAGGACACAGAGUCUAACCUCAAGUACAGCUUGCUGUUAGUCCUGGGCCUCCUGCUGACAGAAAUCGUGCGUUCUUGGUCACUUGCACUGACUUGGGCAUUGAAUUACCGAACUGGUGUCCGCUUACGGGGGGCCAUCCUAACCAUGGCGUUUAAGAAGAUCCUUAAGUUAAAGAACAUUAAAGAGAAGUCCGUGGGUGAGCUCAUCAACCUGUGCUCCAACGAUGGGCAGAGGAUGUUCGAGGCAGCCGCCGUUGGCAGCUUGUUGGCUGGAGGACCUGUUAUUGCCAUCUUAGGCAUGAUUUAUAAUGUCAUUAUUCUGGGACCAACCGGCUUCCUGGGAUCAGCUGUUUUUAUCCUCUUCUAUCCUGCAAUGAUGUUUGUAUCACGGAUCACUGCAUAUUUUAGGAGAAAAUGUGUGACCAUCACAGAUGACCGUGUCCAGAAGAUGAAUGAAGUCCUCACCUACAUUAAAUUUAUUAAAAUGUAUGCCUGGGUCAAAGCGUUCUCUCAGAGUGUACAAAAAAUCCGAGAGGAGGAACGUCGGGUGUUGGAGAAAGCCGGGUACUUUCAGAGCAUCACUGUCGGUGUGGCUCCCAUUGUGAUGGUGAUCGCCAGCGUGGUGACCUUCUCUGUUCACAUGACCCUUGGCUUUGAUCUGACAGCAGCACAGGCUUUCACAGUGGUGACUGUCUUCAAUUCCAUGACUUUUGCUUUGAAAGUUACCCCGUUCUCAGUAAAGUCCCUCUCAGAGGCAUCAGUUGCUGUCGACAGAUUUAAGAGUUUGUUUCUAAUGGAAGAGGUUCACAUGAUAAAGAAAAAACCAGCCAGCCCUCACAUCACGAUAGAGAUGAAAAAUGCCACCUUGGCAUGGGACUCCUCCCACUCCAGUAUCCAGAACUCACCCAAGCUGACCCCCAAAACGAAAAAAGACAAGAGGGCUGCCAGGGGCAAGAAAGAGAAGGUGAGGCAGCUGCAGCGCACUGAGCAUCAGGCGGUGCUGGCAGAGCAGAAGGGCCAUCUCCUCCUGGACAGUGAUGAGCGGCCCAGUCCUGAGGAGGAAGAGGGCAAGCACAUCCACCUGGGGAGCCUGCGCCUGCAGAGGACACUGUACAACGUCGACUUGGAAAUUGAAGAGGGUAAACUGGUUGGAAUCUGUGGCAGUGUGGGAAGUGGAAAAACCUCUCUCAUCUCAUCCAUUUUAGGCCAGAUGACACUUCUAGAGGGCAGCAUUGCAGUCAGUGGAACCUUCGCUUAUGUGGCCCAGCAGGCCUGGAUCCUCAAUGCCACUCUGAGAGACAACAUCCUCUUUGGGAAGGAAUUUGAUGAAGAAAGAUACAACUCUGUGCUGAACAGCUGCUGCCUGAGGCCCGACCUGGCCAUUCUUCCCAACAGUGACCUGACGGAGAUUGGUGAGCGAGGAGCCAACCUGAGUGGUGGGCAGCGCCAAAGGAUCAGCCUUGCCCGGGCCUUGUACAGUGACCGAGACAUCUACAUCCUGGAUGACCCCCUCAGUGCCUUAGAUGCCCAUGUGGGCAACCACAUCUUCAACAGUGCUAUCCAGAAGCACCUUAAGUCCAAGACGGUUUUGUUCAUUACCCACCAGUUACAGUAUCUGGCUGACUGUGAUGAAGUGAUCUUCAUGAAAGAGGGUUGUAUUACAGAAAGAGGCACCCAUGAGGAACUGAUGAAUCUAAAUGGUGAUUAUGCUACCAUUUUUAACAACCUGUUGCUGGGAGAGACACCCCCAGUUGAGAUUAAUUCAAAAAAGGAAACCAGUGGUUCACAGAAGAAAACACAAGACAAGGGUCCUAAAACAGGAUCAGUAAAGAAGGAGAAAGCAGUGAAGCCAGAGGAAGGGCAGCUUGUGCAAAUGGAAGAGAAGGGGCAGGGUUCCGUGCCCUGGUCGGUAUAUGGUGUCUACAUCCAGGCUGCUGGGGGUCCUUUGGCAUUCCUAGUCAUUCUGUCCCUUUUCAUGCUGAAUGUGGGCAGCACUGCCUUCAGCAACUGGUGGUUGAGUUAUUGGAUCAAGCAAGGAAGUGGGAACACCACUGUGACUCAAGAAAACAGGACCUCUGUGAGCAGCAGCAUGAAGGACAACCCUCUGAUGCAGUACUACGCAGGCAUCUACGCCCUCUCCAUGGCUGUCAUGCUGAUUCUGAAAGCCAUUCGCGGAGUGGUCUUUGUCAAGGGUACGUUGCGAGCCUCCUCCCGGCUCCAUGACGAGCUUUUCCGCAGGAUCCUUCGAAGCCCUAUGAAGUUUUUCGACACUACCCCCACAGGGAGAAUUCUCAACAGGUUUUCCAAAGACAUGGAUGAAGUCGAUGUGCGACUGCCAUUCCAGGCUGAGAUGUUCAUCCAGAAUGUCAUCCUGGUGUUCUUCUGUGUUGGAAUGAUCGCGGGUGUCUUCCCGUGGUUCCUCGUGGCGGUGGGGCCCCUCAUCAUCCUCUUUUCAGUUCUGCACAUUGUCUCCAGGGUCCUGAUUCGAGAGCUGAAGCGUCUGGACAACAUCACGCAGUCACCUUUCCUUUCCCACAUCACAUCCAGCAUCCAGGGCCUUGCCACCAUCCAUGCCUACAACAAAGGACAGGAAUUUCUGCAUAGGUACCAGGAGCUGCUGGAUGACAACCAGCGUCCUUUCUUCUUGUUCACGUGUGCAAUGCGGUGGCUGGCUGUGCGGCUGGACCUGAUCAGCAUCGCCCUGAUCACCACCACGGGGCUGAUGAUUGUCCUCAUGCACGGGCAGAUUCCCCCAGCCUACGCGGGUCUUGCCAUCUCCUAUGCUGUCCAGUUAACAGGGCUGUUCCAGUUUACCGUCAGGCUGGCAUCAGAGACAGAAGCUCGCUUCACCUCAGUGGAGAGGAUCAACCACUACAUCAAGACUCUCUCUUUGGAAGCACCUGCCAGAAUUAAGAACAAGGCUCCCUCCCCUGACUGGCCCCAGGAAGGAGAGGUGACUUUUGAGAAUGCAGAGAUGAGGUACCAAGAAAAUCUCCCUCUGGUCCUGAAGAAAGUGUCCUUCACCAUCAAACCCAAAGAGAAGAUUGGCAUCGUGGGGCGGACGGGAUCAGGGAAGUCCUCCCUGGGCAUGGCCCUCUUCCGUCUGGUGGAGUUAUCUGGAGGUUGCAUCAAGAUUGACGGAGUGAGAAUCAGUGACAUUGGCCUUGCCGACCUCCGAAGCAAGCUCUCCAUCAUUCCCCAAGAGCCAGUGCUGUUCAGUGGCACUGUCAGAUCAAAUUUGGACCCCUUCAACCAGUACACUGAAGACCAGAUCUGGGAUUCUCUAGAAAGGACACACAUGAAAGAAUGUAUUGCUCAGCUACCUCUGAAACUUGAAACUGAAGUGAUGGAGAAUGGGGAUAACUUCUCGGUGGGGGAACGGCAGCUCUUGUGCAUAGCUAGAGCCUUGCUCCGUCACUGUAAGAUUCUGAUUCUAGAUGAAGCCACAGCUGCCAUGGACACGGAGACAGACUUACUGAUCCAAGAGACCAUCCGAGAGGCAUUUGCCGACUGCACCAUGCUGACGAUUGCCCAUCGCCUACAUACAGUCCUAGGCUCUGACAGGAUUAUGGUGCUGGCCCAGGGGCAGGUGGUGGAGUUCGACACCCCCUCCGUCCUUCUGUCUAAUGACAGCUCCCGGUUCUAUGCCAUGUUUGCUGCUGCAGAGAACAAGAUUGCUGUCAAGGGCUAACUCCUCCCCGCCGCCCCCACGUCUCUUUUCUUUGGAGCAUUGCCAUUCCCUGCCUGGGGCGGGCCCCUCAUCGCGUCCUCCUGCCGAAACCUUGCCUUUCCCGAUUUUAUCUUUCGCACAGCAGUUCAGGAUUGGCUUGUGUGUUUCACUUUUAGGGAGAGUCCUAUUUUGAUUAUUGUAUUUAUUCCAUAUUCAUGUAAGCAGAAUUUAGUUUUUGUUCUUAAUUGCACUCUAAAAGGUUCAGGGAACCAUUACUAUAUAUGUAUCAGAGGCCUAUAAUGAAGCUUUAUACGUGUAGCUAUAUCUAUAUAUAAUUCUGUACAUAGCCUAUAUUUCCAGUGAAAAUGUAAGCUGUUUAUUUUAUAUUAAAAUAAGCACUGUGCUAAGAACAGUGCAGAUUCCUUUCUAUCAUUUUUGUACAGUCUGCUGCACUAGAGAUCUGGUUUUGCUAUUAGACCGUAGGAAGGGUAGCACAUGUUCUUCCCCAGCCGAUUGUUUCACGGUGCCGAGUUUUCUGGGUGUCCGAAAGGAAGGCGUGUGGCAAUAGUGGGCCCUCCAGCGACCCCCUCCGCCACCUCCCCAUCAGCCGCUCCGGGGUGGGGUGGGGUGGAGCUGGGGCCGCUGAAGGCUGUGCAGAGCGCCGUGAAUUCUCAGGGCUCCUGCUUUCUGUCCUGUUGUCACUUCACUGUUUCCGUCGGGAGAGCAGUGGGGCAAAGUCCCAGACCCCCUCUUCACUCGCUCUGUCAGGAAUGAGAAUCACAGAAGCAUUCCUCGGCGAGGUAGGGGUGAGUUUCCUUCCUGCCUUCCUCUUUUUCUCAACAAGCAUCAAGUCUGUUCACAGAGUGUCCCACUGCCUCAGGUUCCUAACGCUGGCCACUGCACAGAGCUCCCCGGCUCCUAGACCUGUCGGUCCCAAGCCCGGGAGCCCACUGCUGCUUUUCUCAGUGGUACUUCUUCGUUUGCCGGGUCCCAUGCCUCCACAGUUCAGUGACAGGGUUCAGGAUUUUGUGGGUCUGUUCCCCUUCCUCCCCGCGGUUGCCGCACAGUCUCUUUCUCUCUCCAAAGUCUGCGACUUUAAGCAGCUCUUGCUAAUCAGUGUCUCACACUGGUGUAGAAGUUCUUUGUACUGUAAAGAGACCUACCUCAGGUUGCUGAUUGCCGUGGUUCGGUGUGUUCCUGCCAACCCCGUUUGUGCUGUGGGGCCAGUAGCUCAGGUGGGCGUGGUCGCUGCUGUCAUCCGUCGAAUGGUCAGCGUUGCAUGUCGUGACCAACUAGACAUUCUGUCGCCUUAGCAUGUGUGCUGAACACCUUGUGGAAGCAAAAAUCUGAAAAACUGAAUAAAAUUAUUUUGGAUUUUCUAAAA